AUGAGUGGAGCGCUGACAGUUGUUCUAAAAGGGGCCAGAGUGACAUGUGAGAAUCACGAAUGCGACGCGGAGUUCAACAGAUUCCACAGAACACUUCGGCUACUAAUGGACUCUCCUCUGAACAAGUCCAAGAAAAUGCAUGUUUAUGUGCACACAACUAGGAAUGUGCUUGUCGAGAUUAACUAUCUCCUCGAAGUUCCUGAGGACCCUAUCGAACUCAGCGAUGUCAUGUCCUACCUGCUUAGAAGGCUAGUUAUCAAAUCGUCUGACGGGACCGUUCUCGCAAAGGUGAUAAAGAAUCCAAUAGAAAGCCACCUUCCUCCAAACACCACGAAGGUCAUCCUUUCCUCAAAGGGGUGCAAGAUGUCUUCUAAGGACCUCGAGCCAUACAUGGAAAGAGGGCUUGCCUUCUUCGUUGGCCUCAGAGAAGGGGAGAAGAAAGAGGCUGAAAUCAGCAUGAAGCUGUCGAACUUCAAGCUUUCACCAGAGAGCUGCUGUGUCAAGCUAACAAAUAUGUUUGAGGAGAUGCUGGGGAUCUUCUGA